ACUUAGUGAGUAUGAAAUCGGUAUUGAACUUGUCGGACCUUUUUUGGAAACAUGAUUUGCCUACUGUACAUGCAUGGACACGGACAGCUGAGUUCAACGGGGGAUAUAAACUGGUUUCAUACAGGUUACGUGGGUGCUGUUAAAGAGCGUUCAUGCUAUCACAUGCAUGUGUAUGAUUUAUAACAGUAUUCCUAUGUCUUUAUAAAAACCUAUUUUGAAUUUUUCUUAUACAGUAGAAAAUAUUUUUUUCUUUGUUGGUGAUUAAUUUAAGUCAGUGGAUGUUUGUAAAGACUUCACUGCAUGACGAUGAGAAGAUCUUUAUCAAGAGCUCAACAGCUCAGAGAGCAGCUCCUUCAGGCCAUUGAUUCUCAAUAUAAUAUUCACAAUAUGGCUGUGGUUUUGGAUGUGAUAUACUGCCUAGAAAAAUACCCCAUGACUAAAGAGGCUCUUAUGGAAACCAGGCUUGGAAAGUUGAUCAACGAUGUGAGGAAAAGGAGCACAGAUGAAGAUCUUGUCAAACGUUUAAAAAGCCUCGUACGAAGUUGGCAGAAGCUAGCUGCAGAAAAUGAAGCCACAGAAAAAGAUACAGACACAAGCAUUUCAAUCCGGGCCAAGUUAGUUUCCAGAUCAACUCAAACUUUUGUUCACAGUAAUAUCAACCAAAGGGCUGACAAGUCUGAUUGUUCAGCUCCAGAUAAAACCAUGAAUUAUCCCACCCGUGUCAGACGAAGUAAAAUACCUGUCCGUGCAGUCAACCCAUACUCCUCCUCUCACAUAUCUACAAAACAUUGUAGUGCAUCCACGAGUCUGAGGACAUCUCUGUCCAACCAGCCUUUACAAACCCACAUUGUCAGAUGCCUGCACAUGCACGAGUCCCAAAAACACAGGGUCUUUUCAAGUCAAUGUUCCACUAGAAACCUGUUUGUGAUCGAAGAACCAACACUGUCUACCAGCACUGUUUCAAAAUCUGCAAUCCAGAACAACAACAUACUCAAACCCGCUUUAAAGAAAUGUAACCUGUUCUCUAUCAGUGAGGUUUUUAAUGGAGUUAAAGAUCCAACUGUGAGAACAUUUGAGGAAACGCAGAGAAAUCAACACAGCAACUUGACCAUUAAACACAAUCAACCUCAUACAGAGGACAACACCAAACCUCCAAACAAUGCAAGCAUUAUAACACAUGAUCAUCAUACUCAACAAAGUGAAGAUAAUGAAGUUAACGGCUCUGAGAAGCUGAACAAAAGCCUUUGUUUUGUCCAGGAGACAGAGUCAAGUGAGAUGUCACAAGAUAAGAUAAUUAACUCUGAUGUCAACAUCCAGAAUAGCUUAUUAAGCACAAAAUGUCACAUUUCUGGGGUGAAUUUGUUUGUAGCUGAGAAGGAUGAUGACAAAAAGUGCAGGAGAACAAAUGUGUUUAUACCAGAUAUUAUUGUGACAGAUCUUCCAGGGGUCAGCAGAGACCUCACUGAGACAGAUCUACAGAGAAUACGCCAUCAAAGAUGGCAUGGUGUGAAUGGAUGUUAUGAUAGCAGAAAUAACUGGUAUGACUGGACACAGUCUAUGGAACUGGAUUCAUAUGGAGAUGGGAAAUCACUUAAGAUCUCGCCUUAUGUUUGCAUAGAUUACAGACUUAUUUAAAUGUAGUUUUAAAUUUUAAAUUAAUUGCAAACUUAAGGUAUAGUUUUUUUCCUAUUUGUGUGCCUUAAGUGAAUUUGUAUAUAAUAAAAGACAUGACUUUUAUCUUGACUUUCAACAAUAAACCAGGUGCAUAAUAUACCGUUGGUUUCUGAAGCACAUUAUGUGAAAAUACAACCAACAGAGCAUAUCAAAUGAAUUCCUGAAA